CAUAUUCUUUCGUAAAUCUUUAAGAGCAUUUUGCAACCAAAGCGCUUGUCAAAAGUGAGAAGGGGAAAUGUGAAAUACAUAUGUUAUGUGAUCAUAUUAAAUAAAAAAAAAAUUGUGUCCAUACGUUAAAAACAAUGAAUAAUAAAAAUAAAGUAUAACAUUAAUUAAAUACAAUCAAUAUGUUUGAGUGGGCAUAUAGUGGUGCAAAUAAGGCUGUGCCUAGAAAUGUAGGUCCCGAAUGUGCCUAUUUUUUAUCAACUAAAAGACAAAUAAUUGAAACUGUUUUAGUAUCAACAAUAUGCAUCUACACAUUACUUAAAAUCUAUCCCAAGUUACAAAUAACAGAUAAAAAACAUUAUUUAAAAUAUGACCGAGGAGGUAAACGUCUGUUGGUAAUCCUAUUAUCUUUGCUAUGGGGCAUGGAAAUUGGGUUCAAGUUUGCUUCUAAAACCGUCAUAUAUUUAUUAAACCCUUGUCAUGUUACUACAUUGAUGCAGAUCUAUUUGCUGACAGCACCACCCAGUAACACGGUAACAGCCAUGUUUCGUAUACAUUUGAAUUUAUUAAAUGGACCAUUACUAGCAUUCCUGUUUCCUGAAACAGCCUCAAGAACGAUUUUCGCUGAAGCCGCCUUAUAUUGGAUACAACAUGGAAUGAUGUUUGUUAUACCAUAUUAUUUACUGAGAAUUGGAGGUGUGUAUAAUAUAGAGCCAUUUUGGGACUUCAAUUGGUGUAUCUUCAGCUAUGCCUUGAAUCUGCUUUACCAUUUUAUCAUUCUACAAGUGAUUGCCAUUCCAGCUCAAGUGAACUUGAACCACAUGCUGUGUCCGGCCAUAUUGGAUCCUUUUGACGGGCCGUGGUAUCGCACUGCGGCAGUCAUACAUCAAGCCUUGCUAUGUCCUUUGCUUUGUAAACUUUUCUGUCUCUUUGCAGAUUUUUGUCUUACUAAAUUUCCUCCAACUAAAGUGAAACCCCAAAUGAGUGACCUCUUGCAAGGUAAGGACGCAGUUGUAGAUCACAAGUCAAUUGAAUAGUGACCAAUGUAAGAUAUUUAUGGCUUUAAUUCCGCCGAAAUUUACCCUUUCAGGGUAGUUUAGAAAUAUGUAAGUCAUUAUUGCCUAAUUUAGGAAAGUUAACACUUUUCAUGACGUCCAUUUGAGGGGUUCUUAUUAGUUAAGGUUGAAACAACCUUAAUGUAAUUUUAGUAAAGUACAAAAUGUUUAUUAUGAAUAUAUAAUAAAUAUUUUCGAACAGAAUUACGAUUCUGAGAAUUUGGAUCUGGUAUCAUCUGUGAUCUGUGUGGUUUAAAUUAUUUUCUACUUAUUGAUUCUAUUUUGCUAUAUAUAAACAAAAUGGAAUUUUCAAAUAACUAGGGUCAUACUAAAAAACGCUUAAUGUGCAUUUUAUUCUAAAUAUAUAUAAAUAUAAAGGACAUAUGUAGAUAUUUUAUAUCAUUGAAAAUAGACAUAAUACCCACGGCGGUUGUCUGUUAAAUUAAUAAUAGUUUGGUUAUAAUCGUUAUUCAAUAUAAUUAAAUACUUAUUACUAUCGGAUAUAUGGAUGGAUUUAAUGGAGGGUUGGGCAAAUAGUAUUACUAGUAAAUAACUAAGAUGGUUACUAUAAAAAAAUUACGAAAAAUCACAAAGCAAUUGUAGUAUUAUUUAGUUGCGUUUGCUAGGAUCUCAGACUUUUCUUGCAUAGAAAUAUAAAAGCUCAGAUCUCACCAAUUGUUUUUGUAGAAAAGUAUGGAAUAUUUUAUGUAUACAGAAAUUUAAAAUACUAAAACGUUCUCAUAAAGCACAUAGUUAAUUAUUACCAUUAGGUAGUUUAAAAAGUUCUGGAUUAAAGGGGGAUUCUUCAAAACAUAACUGAACAAGGGAAUGAAAAGGUGAAGACAAAAGGGCAAGUCUAAUGCUGUAAGUGAUAUUAUCGUGCAGUGUUCAUUUAUCAGAAGAUAACCAGACUUUUUAGAUAGAAUUUAACGGCUUUGCUUGAUUUUGAAUUUGACCAAUGUUAAGUUUACGUAGUGUUAGGUCUGACGCUGCAUGUAUUUUUUUUGAAAAAAACUACUUAAAAUGUUAAAGUAAAUAUGUUGUCAUUAAAAUUACUGAUAUAUUAAAAGGAAAUAGAUUUUGAAUUAUAACGCUUACUAUUGAUUUAUUAAGUUAAAAUAUAAUAUACCGAUUAAAUUUUGGAGAUUACGAGUAUGCAUAUUCCAGUUAGGAUAUAUUCCGUUGGAAACUAUUAAAUCUUUGCUCCGUCAAAUGCUUUUCAGUAACUUUUUGGACUAAAGACUAAAGCGCGCGGUUAUCUAUCAGAUUUUACGUUGUUUGUUAAAUUAUUUGAUAUAAAGCUUUUGUCAAUAUUAGACGUACAUAUUGGAACUUAUAUACGGAUACAAAUUAUAAUAGCAACUGUUUAUGUCUAGCUAGAAAAAAAUGUUCGAAGUUAUAGAAACUUACAGCCAACACAAUAGUGCAUCAUUAUUCAUAACGAGUCCCGUGUUAUACAUAAUACUAUUAACAGUUAAUAAAACUGGUUUCCAUAAAAAUCUACAAAGUCAAAGAAAAACCAAAAAUUACAUAUUAAAAGUUCAAUAGUUUAGGUAUCUAUAAAGAGAUCAAAUAAAGUGAAACAAAAUGCCUCUAAUUAUUUGUUACUUGCACUAUAGUGUGAUGAGUGGAUCAUAGUAAGCCUUUCGUAACAAGAGCUAGAACCAAAUUAUAUAAUAAAAUUAAUAAAUAGAUUUAAGUGCUGCUCACCAAAGUGAUAUGACAAGUGUUUGUUUUUAUAAUAAAUGGCUUCUGCCUUA